ACUGGGAAUAAAUCUUUCCGAUUUUAUACUGGCCGUCUGUCCAUUCCGUUAGUUCAACUGGUCGCAUGCAGUGACUAAAGUUUUAAAAACAAAAAAAUCCAAAUGGGGAUCCCUGAUGAAGAUUACUUUAGUUAUGAACCCAUUCUUCGAACAGGUUUGAAGAAACACGGUUCCCCCAGAAAGUGUAAAACAUGUACAUUUGUAUCAAUUGUUGGACUUGUUUUGGUCCUUGUUUUGGGAGCCGGGUUUUAUCUGUAUCUUAUGAGAGACAAAUUUGUUGUUGAGGAAGGCCCAAGCGGACAGCCAUACCCGGAAGAGAUGGGAUCCCACUUUGAAGGUGAUAUAGUCGUCCUGAAUGGUAGUAAUUGGAGGCAAAGUAGUGGUCUUAUGGAUUCAGCGUAUCGAUGGCCGGAUUCUACCAUAAUUUACGAAUUUGAUCCUAAAUUUGAUUCCAAUUUUAAGGAGAACUUUACCCGAGCUAUGGCUCACAUUAUGGGUCGUACCUGUAUCCGUUUUAAACCCCUAGACAAAGAAGACAAUUAUAUUUACGUCACUGAUCGUGGAGAUUGUAGUUCCGCCGUCGGGAUGCGAUCAAUGGGUAGACAAGAAUUAUCUCUGGGCAAAUAUUGUAACUGUUUUGGAACAAUGGUGCACGAAAUUGUGCAUGCGCUGGGAUUUUUCCAUGAACAAAGUAGAACCGAUAGGGACGAUUAUGUCACUAUUUUCUGGGACAAUAUCAAACCUGGGGAACAAAACAAUUUUGAAAAGAAAGGAAAAGAUAUCGUGGAUCCGUUUUUCGUUCCAUAUGACGCAUACAGUAUCAUGCAUUAUGGUGCAUACGCAUUUAGUAAAAAUGGUAACGCUACAAUACUUAGUAACAAUCCGGAAGUGGAAAUUGGAAACAGGAAAGAGCUCAGUUUUGGUGAUAUCAAUAAAAUAAACAAUAUGUAUUGUGAUAAAGUUGGUGCCGUUAAGAUUCUAAGUGGAGAUCAGAACAGGUAUCUCACUUUAUGGGAAGGGUUAUCUAAGCAUGGUGACAUUAUAAAUACGGACGUCGACAUUUACGUAGAAUACCAAAAGUGGACGGUUGACUGGGAUGGCCUACUUGAUGAGGAUGGUGACGGUGGUAUGAUUUGGAGUUGGACACAAGAUGGAACGGAAUUAAUGGUUGUAACGGAGAGUCAUAUGAAUGAUGGAAGAGUACAUAUCUGGCCGGAAUAUGACGAUCGUUCUCAAAAAUGGAGAGCUGUACGAAAUGAUGGUGACACUAUUCGGUUUAUGAUCAAAAAUCUGCAAAGUGGACGUUGCUUGACAGCGAAUGGACUAUUUAGCCUGGAUGCAGUCACUUUGGAGGAAUGUAAUCCUGCAAAUUUAAGGCAAAACUGGUAUAUUCUUGGACUACUGACCAAACCACCGGAACCUCCUCGACGGGACGAUAGAAGCCCUUGUGGAAAGAGUGUCACUGCCCCGUACGAAUUUCCCAUCGGCUACAAUUGCUCCAUGGGGAAUUAUAUGCUAACCUUUCAAAGGGAUGGCAAUUUAGUUAUUUAUGAUGAGUCGGGAGGAGUUAAAUGGCAUACGGGGUCAGCUACCGGACUUAAAAAUCCAAACCAAUUUAAAUUACGGGGUCGUUCCCUCAAAUUUGGUAGCGAUGGAAAUCUAGUUCUCUAUAAUGCAGCUAAGGGACAAAUUUGGAGUUCAGACACUGCUAAUAAAGGCCAUCACAUUAAAUUUGGGGAAGAUGGAAAAUUAGUAAUUUUUGAUAAAAAUAAUAACACUGUUUCGCAGUUUGGCCGAAAAGAAGCGGCGGAGAGUUAGAUAUAUUAGGACAAUUUUCUAGCGCUUUUGUUUGCAAAUUUGUUACCCAUCGUGCUCGGAUGUAUGUAAUUUGUUUUUAUGUAUAGCGGCAUUAUUAAUAAUAACAUUCGUCAAAAAUAAAAAUGAAUCAGGUCCUGUGAUAAUAACGUAGUAAAAGUCAUCAUUAA